AUGGGAUUCAAGGCAGGUUGUCGCCCCUUGAUUGGGCUUGAUGGGGCAUUUCUAAAGACACAAUUUGGAGGUCAGAUCUUAGCUGCUGUUGCACAAGAUGUCAAUCAUCACAUUUACGUGAUUGCCUGGGCUAUAGUUGAAAUAGAGAAUACAAAGACUUGGAGAUGGUUCCUGGAGCUGCUUCAUGCUGAUCUUGGAGACUACAAAACUAAUGGAUGGUGCUUUAUUUCUGAUAUGCAGAAGGUAAUGUUAACUUUCAUGAACUUCAACAAACAAUGGAAGGAGCUUGAGUUGAGGGGACUACUUUGGGAAUGUGCCAAAUCAACAACAUUCCAGGAUUUCAUCGAUAAUAUGAACAAGAUUAAGAGGGUGAAUGAGGAAGCUUGGGCAUAUCUCAACAAAUGGCCUAAAGAGUCAUGGACAAAGUCCCAGUUCAGCCAUAGGGCAAAACUGGACAACAUUUGCAACAACGCCUGUGAGGUUUUCAAUGCAAGAAUCAAAGAGGCCAGAAACAAACCCAUCAUCACAUUACUUGAGGAGGUGAGAAUGUUUGUGAUGAGAAAUAUUGCGAAGAAUACGGUAAAACUGGUAAAUCAUGUUGGCAUACUCCCUCCUGUAAUUCAAAGUCGCCUAGAUAAAAUCAGAAAAGAAUCAAAGAACUGGAUGCCUAUCUGGACCGGUGAUGAAGACUAUGAAAAAUUUGAGGUUCAUGGCCAUCCAACAAACAUGGUGGUGGAUCUUGGAAAAAGGCUAUGCACUUGCCAAUUCUGGAUGCUGACCGGCAUUCCAUGUGUUCAUACCUGUGCUGCCCUUGCAAGGGUAAACAAGAGGCCGGAAGACUUUUGUCACCAACUGUGUACUAUGGAGGCAUACAACAAGACUUAUGUCCAUCACAUUAACCCUCUUCCUAGCCAAUCAUUGUGGGAAAAAUCCUUGUACACUCAACCACAGGCCCCUAACAUUAGGAGGAGGCCUGGAGCUUUGACAAAGAAAAGGAGAAAAGAUGCUGAUGAGGGCAACAGUGGUAAUAAGAAAGCUAAACCUAGUGGAAGUUUGAAAAGGCAUUUGAAGCCAUUCACAUGUAGGUAUUGUUGGGUAAAAGGGCAUACUAAGAGAGGGUGCUCAAAGAAGAGACUGGAUGAAGUAGAUGCUGCUGUUGCAGCUGCAAAGGCUGCUGCAGAUAAAGCCAAAACAAAUGCUGCUCCUUCUGCUUCUGAGGCUGGCCCUCAACCUCAAACUGCUGCUGCACCAGCUGAUGAACCUCCUGCUGUGGAGAUUGACAUAUCACAACCAAUCUAUGAAGGAUCACAGGACAUAGCAGGACCUGCUGCACCUCCACCAUCAAGGCCACAGAAGUUUCCCACCAAAAGGAGGAGCUCACCACCACCUCAAUCCAUUGGUGUGGAUCCAAUGCAAGGAGCCAGUGUGGCUACAUCUUCCAGAUUGCACAAUUUUAUGAAGUUUGUUCCAACUCCCGAUUUCAAAGCACCAAGAAAAAAGAACAAUUCAUGA